ACGUCUUGAACACCUCUUUUAGUAAUCCAUAAGAUGGGAAAUAAACGCGCGCUUGUAGGCUACGGCAUCGACGUUGAUGCGGUGGCUAAUCACAUCAACACCACAAAUGGAGGACCUCCAAAUCUUACAAAUGUAUCACGAGGCGUCUUUGGGGCCACUCGAGGUGUAGAGCGCCUCCUAGAGCUGUACGAAAAGUACAACAUCAAAGCAACAUGGUACACACCUGGCCAUACCAUCGAAACUUUUCCGGAUAGUAUAGCCAAGAUCAGGGAUUCAGGGCACGAGAUCGCGCUCCAUGGCUACACGCACGAGUUCUGCUCCGAUCUCACGCGCGAACAACUGGAAGCCAUCUUCGUGAAGACGAUCAAGAUCGCAAAAGACUUCUGCGGAAAACCGCCUCUCGGUUUCACCUCGCCUGCCUGGAAGAACCAUCCUGAUCAAAUCGAACUGAUGGGCAAGCUGGGCCUCAAAUACGACCACUCCUUCAUGCAUGACGACUUUCAGCCGUAUUAUGUCAGCACCGGAAAAGAAGAGAUGGUAACUACAGAUUAUUCAAAGCACCCCGAUGAAUGGAUGGUGCCUAUGAAACACGCAGAGAAGAGUGAUAUCGUAGAGAUCCCUGCGAACUGGACAUUGGAUGACUGGCCACCAUUCCAAUGGGAUGGUGCAAGACCGAAUGCGCACGGCUACGUUGAUCCAUAUUCCGUGGAGCGGACUUGGCAAGACAUGUUCACCUGGUGCUAUGAGCACUACGACACAUUCAUCUUCCCAAUCAGUAUUCACCCGCAGGUAUCAGGCCGUCCGCACAUUCUAAUGAUGCAUGAACGAUUCAUCAAGUGGGUGAAUACGCAUGAAGGCGUUGAAUGGUGCACAGCAGCACAGAUGGCUGAAGAGUUCCGAUCUGGAAGACUUAGCGGGACUGGGAAAUAGCAGCCUGCAAGAACGCAUGUAGAUAGUGAGGCAACGAGCCUCAGUCGGCGAUCCCAUGCAUUUCCUAUCUCGAACAUACCGAUUGCUCGGAAGGUCGGUGUUUGUCUAGCUGCUGGAGCUACCCCUCAGCGGGGCCUCGCGGAGAUCAGCGAAGAUAGGUACCUUGUCA